UGUCCGGGAGGCUGAAGCCGCAGCGCCGCUCUGCCCGAUGCUGUAUCGGUUCUUGUGCGCUGCUGCUCUUGACUACAUCCGGAUUUAUUACCUCACCAUCAGAAUUCUCUGGAUCUAUAAUCGAUUAUCGAUCUUCAGCCAUUCCCUGCACCCAUACUGGUGUACAUGAGAUCACAGCAUGCAUUCAGUCCAGUUAGGGAUGUGGGACCCCCAGCCCCCAUCUAAAUAUGCCUCGCCCCUCCCCACGCCGCCCCCCUCCAGCUCGCGCCACACCCAUGUGACUACAGCCACCCCGGCCAAGCGCAUCACCUUCUACAAAAGCGGCGACAGCCAGUUUGGGGGCGUCAGGAUGGCCGUCCACAAGCGCAGCUUCAAAUGCUUCGACGCCCUGCUGGACGACCUUUCUCAAAAGGUGCCCCUGCCGUUUGGCGUGCGGACUGUGACCACGCCUCGCGGCACGCACACCAUCAAACACCUGGAGCAGCUCCAAGAUGGCGGCUGCUACCUCUGCUCCGACCGGCGCCACGCCAAGCCAAUAAACAUAGAGCUGGCCAACAGACGCCCAAACAUCUGGUACCAUCACAGCCAGAGGCCCCAUCGGCCCGACACCUCGUCCACAACGCCACCCGGCCAUCUGCAUUUGCCUUACAGGCAGAGACGGAUCCUGCUGGUCAAGAACAGCGAGCCGGGGAUGAGGAGGAGCAUAGUGCUGAGCAGGAGGUCAACCAGGAGCCUCAGAGCCUUUCUAGACGAAGUGUCCGAGGUGAUGCAGUUUCAUGUCCGGAAGCUGUACACUGCAGAAGGCCGCAGGAUUGACAACGUGCAAAGCCUGAUGACUUGUCCUGGUGUGUUGGUGUGUGUCGGCCGGGAAGCCUUCAGUCCAAUGCUGGUGAACUUUAUUAGGAAGAGUUCAGAGGAAAAAUUACCUGGUCUGGGCAGCAGGUCUCCUGGUCUUGGCCCCCGGACUCCAGGAAAUGGGGCCCGAUCCCCUACUACUCAAGGAGUCCGGUCCCCUCCUCAUGGAGCUCAGUCCAGAGCCAGCGAGUACAGCGAAGGACAUGAAAACAAGAAAAAUGUGAACUUUGGUCUGGAAACAAAAAAGAGCAUCAUCCACCCUCGAUCUGAUUCCUCAAACCGUUCCACCCGUUUCUCUUUGUCUUCUGAAAAGUCGUAUGCCAACGGUGUCAGCACCGGAUCUCAGGCAGCAACAGCUAUCACGAAUGACGACAUCGAGAAGCGUGUUUUGGUCAAUAAAGACGGCAGCCUUUCAGUGGAGAUGAGGGUACGCUUUCGCCUCCACAAUGACGAGACCAUCCAGUGGUCCACACAAAUUAAAAAAUCCCCAUCUCUGACCAAUGAAUGCUGCCCUCUAAGCCAAGGCCAGCCCUAUUACCUGCAGCAGGGCCAAUCAGAAAGCUGCUCUGACCCCGAUUCCACGUCAUUUGACCCAGAAGGUGUGGACUAUCCCAGCCAACCUCUGCAGUGUGUGGUGGAGUCGGACCAUUGCCCCUGUUGCUACCAGAGGCAGGAACAGCAGUACGAUUUGUGGAAAAAUCCCGUACACAGCUGCAACCAUCAUCCUGUCCCACCCCCGCAUUCAUCCAGCCACAGCCGCACUAUGGUGAGACACACACACUCCUCUAGCUCUUCCUCAUCAUGUAAUUCCAGGAGGGUGGUGCGCUGCCGGGCACGACUCUCCAACUGCGACUCGGCUUCAGAGCAGAGGCAACUGGUCCAGGAAGAGAUGUGUGUGACGGAGCAGGUUGAGCACACUGUGGAGGUGGAGCAGAAUGGAGAUACCCACAUUGAGGUUUGCAAGGUUAGCCAGUGCUGCAGUCAGAGUGAAGUGGUCACCAUGGAUAGCAACAUUCGCCCAGUCAGCAGGGAGGAAGAGGCGGAGCGUCCAUUUUCAGCAAUCAGCAGCUCCUCACGUGUGCUUCAGUCGCUUAAAGAGGACCAGGAUGAUGAGGAUGAUGAUCUGCCACUGAGCGCCUCAAAUUGUUGUCAUAGCAAUGAACCAUCCCAGUCCAGAACAAGCAACGUCUCAGCCAAGUCUGUCCAUUCUACUGAACACAAGAAACAAGAGAGGAGUAGCAGGGCAGCAUCGGCAGCCUCUUCCUGUAACUGUGGAGCAGUCAGCCCACGCUCAACAGCUGGAGAAGAGAUGGAUCGAGUACCCAGCUCCGCGUCUAAAAUAAGCAAAGCCAAGAUCGCAAAAUCAGAUGAAGAAGGUGCAGCUGAUGAUGAGGAUGAAGAGGUAAAAAGGGCUGUUAGUGGCUUGUCUGGUCACACAGUAGGCUCCCAGAAGUCAGGGGCAUCCAGUGUGUGCCCAAACUGUGGGGGCUGCAAACGUGGACUCAACUCCGAAUCCAACAGCAGGGCAUCACAGAGGUCCAGUCACUCCAACCGAGCCUCUCCGAACCCAGCCUCGCCUCGACCAAGCCAAGAGGAUGCCAACAACACCAGUGAGGAUGCUGGCUCGGAUGUUUCAACACAAUCCAACAAGACCAACCUCACCAAUCAUGGACGCCACUCUGCCAUAUCAAACGUCUUGGAAGGAAGAACAUCCAGUCCAGAGUCAACAGGAAAAGAGGAAGAAAGGGCUCCAAGUGCCACCUCAGCAACAAGCCACAGAUCCAAUAAAUCACGCAACUCUGGCAUUGCAGCAGAAAAAGAGGAGGAGAGAAGCCCCAGCACAGUGUCAGCUCAGUCCAACCUGUCCGCCAAGUCCAACAAGUCUCAUAAAUGCACAACUGAAGCUCCUGACAUCAGCUCAAGAGAGGAAGCAGAAGGAGGAAACACUGCAGAAAGAGCAGUCAGCUCUUUGUCAGCCAAAUCUGGUACUUCAGUCAAGUCUCAUAAGUCCAAUUGUCAGUCAAGCGCUAAAGCUGCAUCUCCAACUGACAACCCAGUUGUGACGGAGGAUGACACAAACAAAAGAGCUCACAGUAGCCUCUCUGUUAAGUCCAAUGCUUCUGCCAAAUCAGGAAAGGCUGAAAGACCAGACAGUGUCGUAUCAGCUAAAUCGACUAAAUCGAAUGUUUCAGGAAAGUCUGGCACAUCUAACAAGUCUACUUGCAGUCACUGUGCAAAAGCUGCAUCUCCAAGUGGUAAGGCAGCAGAUGAACCCAUCAUAGAGCUGACAGAAAAUGGAGAAGGAACAGAAGCAGAAGAAAGACCAGCUAGUGCAUUGUCAGCAAAGUCUAAUCUCUCUGCCAAGUCUAAUAAAUCCCAGAAGUCUGCAAAAGCUUCAGAAAGGUCACUUUCUCCCAGGUCACAAGGUGGUCAAGAUGGAGAAGUGAGGGCAACAAGUCAAAUGUCUGGCACUUCAGUUAAAUCAAACAAAUCCGCUAAGUCUACAAAGUCAUCCAACUGCAAGUGUAAUGGCAGUGAAACGGCAGCAUCCCCAGUUUUAAAGGUAACAGAAGAGGCUGAGGAAAACAGACCAGAAAGUAUAACAUCAGCAAAAUCAGAAAAUGAGGAGAGGCCAGCCAGUGCGGGGUCCUGCAAAUCUCAUAAAUCUAACUGCAAAGAAAACACAGGAGAAGGUUCUGAAACAGGAGACGGUGAUAAAGUGGAGGACCGGGCUACCAGUGCUUUAUCUGGUGAAUCAGCUUCCUCAGCAAAGUCUCACAAAGCCCCCAGUGCCAUUUCAGUGAGAUCACACACCUCUGCCAAGUCAUCCAAGUCCCAGAAGUCGAACCACAACGCAGCAUCUCCAAAUCCAAACGACGGUGAUGAAAAUCAAGAGCGGGUGGCAAGUGCACUGUCUGCAAAGACAAAAUCUUCAGUGAAGUCCAGUACUUCUCACAAGAAUCUCACAAGUCCAAACGUUGUCACCAUUAAAACACCAGAAGGGGACAAUGAGGAGGGAGAUGAGACGAAAGAGAGAGCACCGAGUGCAGCAUCAGGAAAAUCAUCUGCUUUAUCACACAAGUCUAAUCAUAAUGGAGCAACCAAUAUUGCUGUUAUUGAAACAGCAGAUGGAGAUGAGGAGGUAGUAGAUGAUGACGCACCAAAAAGUAAAACACCUGAGCUCUCCCAUGGCCAAACACUCUCACCCCAGGCCCCCUCACCCAAAUCUCCAGCUGCAUCUGCCAGAAGUUCUAAGUCCCCAGUGCAACAGUUGUUACCUAGUUCUGGUGCUGGAGAGACAAGAGGGCCCAGUGCCUUGUCCGUUCCCUCCGCAACCUCUGCUAAAUCUGGCAGAUCCAAAUGUCGCUGUGGAGCAAACAAAGAAAAGGAAGGAGAGGCUAAGGAGGAUGGGAAAACUAAAGAAAAUGAGGAUGUGAAAAGUGAAGGAGCUUCUGGACGAGGAUCAAGGGCCACAGAGCAACCACUGAGUCGAAACUCAUCAGGAUCAGUCUCUCUUGGGUUGCCAGAAGACCAGGAAACAGCUGACUCAGAUAGUGGUAAAUCCAGCGUUUCAUUUCGCAGAGACGCGGAAAGUAAAAUCAAGGAUCAAGUGAAGACAACAACUCCAGAUGUUCCCAAAAGCCCAAAUGAAGAUGGAACAGGAUCCACUGUGUCUCAAAAGUCCAACGGUAACAGCAGGAAAAGCACUUCAUCUCAUAAUCCUCCAGCAGUCGACAUCCCAACUAUUGAAACGCCAGGAGGGGGUGAAGAUGGAGGUGAAGAAAGAGGUGAUCAAAACACAGAAAGAGCAGCCAGUGCAGUUUCAGUCAAGAGCAGCAGAUCUAAAAAGUCUUCUUGUAACUGUAGCGUCAAAGCAGCAGCUCAAACGCUUAACAGCAAGUCUAAAGAGAAACAUGCUAAUGGAAGUGAUGCUGAAAUUUUAAAGUCUGCUUCAACAACAAAUGCCCCCAACAAGAGGAACUCAUCUGCAAUGUCAUCAGCAAGCGCUAAAGUUCGUAGCAAAUCCCCUGCAAGUGCAAAAAAUACCAAUGUAGCAGAAACAACUGCUGCAGAUUCAGCAGAUAAUGAGAAUGAAACCCAGGGCAUCAGUAGACCAGCUAGUGAGGCCAAAGGGGAGGAAGAACAUGAAAACAAGGCAGUAAGUGUCUGCUCCAAAAGUCCCUGUAGCCUCAGGCCUGAGUCAGCAGCUUCAGCUCAAUCAGACUCAAAAAUAGAAUCCUCAAAGCAAAGCAAAGGAAGCAACAAUGGGAGUGUCAAAAUAAAAGAAAACCCUAUCAAAUCCUCAAGUCCCUGUCCUUUUCACGGCUCCAGACCAGGCAGCAAAUUGGAAACAUGUAGUGAAAGCACCGUGUCUCACCCUCUGUCUGCCGCUGACCUGCUGAAGGAAACCAUGGCUGCUGCUCGUCCACAAAGCCAACAGUCCAAAGUCAGCAAAACCAGUGACAAGUCCAGGAGCAAGAAAAGCGGAAAGAGUGGGAGAAGCAGAAACCAGAAGGAUCAGGAGGCGGUGCUGGAACUGACGCCUGCCUGUCUGCCCAGCACAUCCCCGAAUGAGGUCGUUAGCGGUUGGCUGCAGAGCAUUCCUGCUAACAGUAGCAUGCUAGCUCUGGGCGAUGAAUUCAAUGAGGAAGAGGAGGAGCAGAGGGCGAAGGAGAUGGAAGAGACACUUGGAGAUGAGGUAGCAAAGGAGGAGAGUCCUGAGGAUGAGAAAGAGGAGGGAGUUGGGGCUGAAGAGGAAGACGGGAAAGAGGAUGAAGCUAAAUGUGGUGCAGCACAGAAGGAUGAGAGUUCAGAUCCAGCUCUGGGUGAUGCACAGACUUCCUCUCUGCCCAAGAACUGGCAUUCUUCUGCAGCCGUGAUGAAAGUUCUUCUGAGUUCUUCUCUGGGUCGAUGUCGGAGCUUGCCUGAGGUGUCUCCGGUUUAUGGUCGCAGACUGAGCACAUCAGCCAGGGGGCUUUUGGACUGUUUGGCCCAACUCCAGCUCAUUGAGCCUGCAGUUAGCCCCGCCUGCAACCAAAACAAGGCCCGCAACCAGCAGUAUAACGACAUUAUGGCCAUCCUUCACUCUCUCUGGCUCACAGAACCCAGGGACAUGGACACCAAGGACCCCAAGGAUGGUGAGCCAGAGCAAGUGACGCCACCACGGUCCUCGUCUGGGGUGGAUAUGAGCAGCGGCUCUGGUGGUUCAGGGAAGGACAAUGGGAAUCAAGGAGGAGAUGAAACGCCUCCAAAAGAGACUGAAUCUCUACAUGAAGAUGAGGCAGUGGAGAAGGCUGGAGACAUGGAAACUGAGACGGAUCAAGGUGAAACAUCUGCAGAUGCCGACACGGGAGAGGAAUCGGUGCAGUGCGAAGAACAAAGUGCAGUUCCUCAAAGUCUGGACAGCCCAAAAACCACUGAAAACCCUUCGUCAUCAGACAAGAGCUCUGCAAACGAUGGCUCCAAAUCACCCACUGAUAACGAGCGAGAGACGCUGGAAGGCUCGAGCUCAGGCACUCCUCCAACUGUCCUGCGAGCACCUUUGACCAAACGACUCUCCCAAGACCCCGAUCCAGUGUGGGUCCUUCACCUUUUGAAGAAGCUGGAAAAACAGUUCAUGAACCACUACAUUACCGCCAUGGCCGAGUUCAAAGUGCGUUGGGACCUGGACGACAGCCUCAUCCUGGACACCAUGAUCUCGGAGCUCAGGGACGAGGUGAGCCGACGCAUCCAGAGCAGCAUCGAACGCGAGAUGAAGAAGAUUCAGGGUCGGGCUGGGAGAGGUGGGAGGUCACCCAGGCCGCCACCAGGAGCAAACCUCUCCAGAGAGUCCACCAUGACAGAGAAGAGGCGUCGAAUGUUAAAGGUCAUGAAGAACCAGUCGGUAAAAACGGCUGAUUCUGUCAGUGAUGGAGAGAUGACGGGUGAUUUCAGCGACCAGCGGAGCGAUGACGAGUACUGCCCCUGUGACGCUUGUGUACGCAAGAAAAUGGCCGCUCGGCCCCUCAAAAUGAACCCGUUGGCAGCCGAAGCACCGGUGAUGAUGGAGUUUGACCUCCUCAAGAUCCUUCAGCUGAAAAAGAGCCCGGCACCUGCACCUGCGAGUGCACCAGAACCCGAGGAGGAGGAAGUGGAAAGUGACGAUGUGGCUGUAGAGGAGGAGAGGAGUUUAGAGGUAGUCGAAGAAGAAGAAGAGGAGGAGGAGGAGGAGGAGGAGGAAACUAAGGAGGAUAUCAAAGCGGAUGUUGUUUUGGAGGAGACGAUCGCAGAAGAAGAUGAGGAGGUAGAACACGAAGAAGAAGAGGAAAAAGAGGGGAAUGUUGAGGGCGAUGACGAGGAAGAAGAGGGACAAACUGGAGACGAUAAAGCUGGGGAAGAUGAGACAUCAGAAAAUGGGGAGGAGGAAGAGGAAAAGGGAGAAUGCCAAUGUCAGUGUGCUGGAAAUGAGGAGGAGAGCGACAAAGGAGAAGAGGGCGAGGCAGAGGAGGAAACUAGGAACAAGACGGAUAAUGAAGAGAAGGAAGAGGAGAAUGAUGAGGAUGAAACAGGAGAGGACGAGGAAGAGACGGGAACCGGAGAAGAGGAGAGUGACAAAGAGACUGUAAAGGAAAUAAGAGCAGAUGAAGGAGACGCUACAGAAAAUGGAGAAGGCGAGGAGGAGGAGGAAUGUGAGGCGUCCGAAUCUAAGCCUGAAGAGGAAGAAACGACUGGCAGGGAAAGUGAGGAAGAGGAGGCAUCUGGGGAAACAGCAAAUGAAGAAACAGAGCAGGUGGAAGAGUUUGUGGAGGAAGAUGUCAACGGGUUGGCAGAGGAUGAAGGUGAUGGGGAGGAUGGAACAGCAGGAGAGUCUGAGGAGGAAAGAGGCUCAUCGCAGGGCCAAGGAGUCACUCCAACCGUCUGUGUGACCGAAGGAGAGGAAGCCGACGGCGAAGACUCGGACGACGACGGCAAACGUCCGGGUGACGGUGCAGCUGAUGAGUCAGGAGCAGAGAAAGAGGAAGAUGGUGUGGUGGAGCUCAAGCCUGAGGGUGAGGAGGAUGGAGACAAAGGGGAGGACGGCGCUCUCCUGCAUCAGUUCACCAGGACCUCUGUGGAGUCUCAGCCCGGCUCGCUGGAGGACAUCGACUCAACCCCAAACCCCGUGGACUCCAUAGAAGUGCCCAAAGUGGCUAACGGUGUUUCUACCGGCGGCGGGACGGGAAACAGGAGGAGCCGCUCGCCUGCCAGGGUCAAACGCCGCAAACCUAAAGAGGGAGAUGACGAAGUGGAUAACUUUUAGCUCACACACAGACUCCUCAGGGUGCUCGGAAAGACUAUACUGUACGUUAAAGGUCAGAAACUCCUGUAAACUUGCUCUUUGUGUAGCUUUGAAGACUCAUUUGAACACUUGAAGCACUUUAUCGUGGUAGGAGGAGUCACAGUGAUCUACAUUACAGAGAUUGUAGAAACCUGAAACUUGAAACCACCACCUUAUCCCGUGUGACUGUAUGAAUUACAUUUGUAUAUUUUUGAAGUUAACUGGAUUUACGAAGGCAUACAUCAAUAUAUUUUUGAAACUUUUGCCACCUCUGGGUGAACUAUGUGAACUCAGUUUUGUUUCCAGUGGACCACAGGUGUAUUGUUGUAUUAAAUCAUAUAGCCAUUAAUAUACCAAGUACCUCGAAGACAAGUUAGACCGAACUGUUUCGGUAGUAUUCAACAGAACCGGUGUUUCAGUACGUGGUUUAUCAGUUUUGUGUUUAUUUCUUUUUGGUCUCAUUAAGUCAGUGCUGGUUUCUCAGAGGUCUGGACGGCCAGCUUGCUUUUAGAAAGGUCAUCUCCUAUAGCUGUUACUUAACCACCAGCUUAAAUCUGUAGCCUGUUAAGAAGUCCUCUGUUUAAACAUGUACAAGCUCUGAGCUGUAGGCCGUUAUAAAUAGGCUUGUUCACCUUCUUGCUGAGAGUUUGCUGCGAAGAUUGACGCCACUCUCAUGUCUGUGUGCUAAAUAUGAGUCAGACGACGGUUUGCUCAGCUUAGCAUCAACACUCAAAACUGCUGUGUCACAACAAAUCCUGCCUCGAGAGCUAAUCGGCAUUUUCUCGAUUAUUUAACCUGGUGAAAAAAGUACUUUAAGAGGUUAGUUUUAAAGGGAGUUCUGUGCCACGUGUCUUUACUUUCAUUAGUCUUAUCAUCAACACGAGGUUGCCAGGUCAGAUAUAAUGUAUUCAAUGGGAACCAUUAGAUUUAAUUGGUAAGUUAAUACAUUUUUUUGCACUCUGGCAGGGUUUGAAUAACAGGGUUGAGCCAGAGGGCAUUUGGCUUCUCUUAAUUAGACAUAAACUUCCUUGAAAACUUGAUUUAGUUAAUUUUGGAGCAUCUCUGUGGUAUUUCUGCCAUGCAUUUCUAUUUUUUCUGGAUCUCCGUCAUCAUGGAUCAUGCAGAAAAUUGGCUAAUAUUGAUUUAUGACUCAUGCAUGAGGGUGAUUAAUUGGCUUUAAUAAAGAUACCAGUAUGCGUAUAUUGAUGUGUGGCGCUGCGGUAUCGUAAAAAUCACUCAUUUUAACUCAAAAAUCUGUGCCAACUGCUGUAAAAUAAAACAAAUCUAACUCUGUGUGGAGCUUAAAAUAGGUAGCAGUGACAACUUUUCAUCUGUCUUAUUGAAAUUGUUAGAAUGAUAAAUAAAAUCAUGAAAAAAUUCCGGAUUUAGCACACAGACAUGACAAGUGGCAAUUUUCUUGCAGCAUUUUCAGCUAGAAAGCGAAGAAUUUAUCCAAAAAUGUCAUUCUAUUCUGUUUCAGUUACUUAUAAAUUACUUUAAAAUUGACAGAAAAAGUAUUUUAUUCCAAAUAACAAGCUAUAUUUUAGUAACAUGAUGUAUUAUCUUUAAAUUCUUGACAUUCAGGGUGUGUUUAACCUAUAAACGUGUAAACUAUUGACAGCAACCGUUCCUCUUUAUGUAUAUGCAUAUCUUAUCCCAGGAACAUAGUUCAGAAAUUUGCACAACGUGACACUGAGCAUAUCUACAGGAAACGUCAGGAGGCGACAGUCUGAAUUUCAGGUUCAAAUCUUUCUCUGCUGCUUCUUUAACAGCUUUUCUUAGGCGCGUGUUACAUGCUGUACAUUCAGGUGGGGUUUGCAUAACCGGCCAUGUGUGUGGAACAACAGCGUGAAGCGUGUUACUGAUGCCUUACUGUAUCCAUGAUUAUAUGAGGGUAGACAGAAGCAGAAGGGGGGAUCACGGUUAAGUCUUCUCUCUUAGUGGCUCUCUGGGAGAAUCACAGAGCCUGUUAAAGAGGCUGAAAUGGAUCAAAGCUGCUAUUUCAAAUGCUGGAUAUCAGACUUUUUUAACACCCCUUGUGGAGUAUUUUCCAACAUUUAACCCCAACAAAGCUGGACGGCGAGUUCAUCUCUUACUGCUCAGCUCGACAGAAGCCUCCCAUUUGCGGUAUCAAGAGGGUGUGUGUGCCUACGCUGCUAUCGGUCCAUUUGGCUGUCCAUUAAUCUGUGUCGUCGCCAUGGGAACAUCAAGUACCUAGAGCAAAUGGAUAUAUGAAUGUAUUAACAAUGACAUAAAUAAAAUAAAUGCACAGGA